AGGCUCAAGAGGGGAGGCGCCGGUCGCUUCCCCACCGCGCGCGCAGAAAGCGCCGCGCGCGUCCUUUGCUUUUUUGCAGCGCGCUGUGCGCGCGCUGCCCGAGCCAAGUCAUGGGCUGUGCAGCCGGGCGCCAGCCGGACGUGGCUGCACAAGCUCAGGCUGAGGAGCCGGCGACAUGGGCGUCCAAGCCUUCUCAGGUGGAUCGGCCUGCCGUGUCCGCGGCGGCCGCAUCAGCGAAGGAGUCGGCCAGCGCAUCCGAUGAUGUUCCUGGUUCGAACACGAAGGGGAAGGACUUGCUUGUUCUGGACCCGGAGGACGACGUGGAAGUCAUCUCCGAGGGCAAAGCGCCGAAAGCGGAGUUCGAGGAGGAGCCGGAGGAGCCGGCAGAGCGGGAAGAGGUCCUCAGCGUGAAUGAGCCUUCGGAGCCCCAGGCGGAGUCAAGACCAGUGCUCUCCAAGCAGCAGCUGGAAGAGGCGGCCAAGAUGGCAGAGCACCGGAAGCGCUUCGACAACCAGAAGUACCAGCGGGAGGCGGAAGGCUCGACCGCUUUCCCAAGAGCCGACUCUGGCCUGCCGCAGCCGGCGCAGGCGCAGGCGCAGGACAGCAAGGCGCACGAGUCCAUCAUGAGCGUCAACGCAUCUUUUACACCUCGCAAGGCUGAGAGCCACAAGGAGACCUUCGAGUGCCUCCCUGGAGGUGUCGAUGACUUUCGAUCCGAGGCAGCUCCGGCGCCGGCGUAUCGGAACAACCACGACCUCUUCGACGACGAUGAGGAGAUGUUGAUGAAGGAGAUUCUCGAAGCUGUGGAUGCGUGACUGCCAGGGACUCUGUUUCACCACAAGACUCUGGACCCUCUGAAGGAGGGUGGAAAAUAAUUGAAAACAAAGAAAAUGAAAUCAACGAUGCAGCCAUUGGCCCUUGUUGCCGUGCAUGACCUAGUCCA